AUGUCCAAAUUCGCAAAUAUAGAAAAUCAAAUUGCCGAAUUUUGGCGCUUAGAGGAGGUAAAGAAUUGCAACGUAUACACACUAGAGGAAAAAAGGUGUAAACAACAUUUCGAGUCAAAUGUAAAGCGUGGUGAAGACGGGCGUUUUACAGUAGGUCUACCUUUUCGUGACAAUGCUCCUAGAUUAGGAAAAUCGUAUGACGUAGCCCUUCGCAGAAUGUUAUCAUUAGAACGACGAUUUCAAACCGAUACCAAGCUCAAGGAAGAAUAUAGCAAAUUUAUGAAAGAGUACUCCGAACUUGGACACAUGGAAGUUACGAAAAACACGAUUCCAGAUGAUAAAAGUUAUUAUUUACCGCACCAUGCAGUUCGCAACGAAAGCAGUACUAGUACCAAACUGCGCGUGGUUUUCGAUGCGUCGGCGAGAACAAGUACUAACGUAAGUCUAAAUGAAGUGCUUCUAAAGGGACCCACCGUACAAGAGGAUUUGGUCUCUAUAAUGACGCGAUUUCGUAUACACAAAUACGUAUUCACAGCUGAUAUAAAAAAAAUGUACCGGCAGAUUUGGGUGUCGGAAAGCCAACGUGAUUUCCAGCGCAUUUUGUGGCGUGAAGACCCAAGCCAGCCACUAAAUAUAUAUCGACUAAAAACUGUUACGUAUGGCAUAGUCACCGCUUCAUACCUGGCAACGGCCUGUUUACAAAAAUUAUCCGAACAAGAGUCGUCAAAAUUUCCCGAAGCCUGUCAGGCCCUAAGUCGUGAUUUCUAUGUAGACGAUUUUCUCGCCGGAGCUAUGUCAAAACAGUCUGCAUUAAGAUUACGCGAUGACCUAAUAACGAUUUUGAGGGGCGCUGGUCUAGAGCUGUGUAAAUGGUCGAGCAACGAUCCCGACUUGUUGCUUGGUGUUGAAGUAGUACCAAGUGCCAACAAUGACUUAAAUUUGCAGUAUACGGGAAAUGUUACAAAAAUUUUGGGACUUUAUUGGAAUAAAGACAUUGAUGCAUAUCAAUACAAAGUGUUAAUGUACAAUAACAAAACGCGACCAACAAAACGCGUGAUAUUGUCCGAGAUUGCCGCAAUUUUCGAUCCGCUUGGUUUAAUAAGCCCUGUAAUAAUUUGUUUUAAAAUCAUAAUGCAAAAAAUAUGGCAAACGCGGGUAGAUUGGGAUGCAACGUUACCAACAGAAAUUGAAGGCGAGUGGCGCAAGUGCCGUGCAAAUUUAAUACAUUUAAACACGUUAAAAAUUACGCGUUUGCUCGUGGGUGAUGGUGACAUUGCGGAUAUACAAUUACAUGGGUUCGCGGACGCAUCACUUACAGCAUAUGGCACUUGUCUAUAUCUCCGCGUAAAAAACACGUACAUCACCCCAGCCCCACCCAUUUGGAAUUUUAAAACAUUUUGUUUACCAUUAUUUAGUACUUAA